AAAAGUGUAUCCUGGAGUGUGCACCGCCGAGGACGUCAUGACCGUGUCGUAGUAUUGUAGUCGCCAUCUCCUCCCGAUCGGUCGUUCGGUCUACUGUGACGGAUUUUUGUGACGCGAGUGCACGCGCAUUCGGUUUCGAACCGAGUCGACCGAAAAUUAGCAGCAGUGGCAAGGGCAGCACAAGCCCCCGGGAUCGUUGGUGGCUAUGGUCCCCGGGAAUUCGUGUCGAUUCUUACGUUCAUCGUCGAUACCCACGGUAUAGGUGACACGGUGGAGUGGCGGUCUACGAGACCACGACGACGGACAACGGCACAACUACAACCGAACAACAGCAUUCACAGCCCCAGUGUAUACGUGCACGCUCGUAUACGUGUGCGUGGCUACGCGUGCGCGCGUCAACGUCGCUGAGAAUGUUCCAUUUGAGUGCGUGCUAUUCGUUUGCUCGCUCGUGUGCUUCCUUGUGGAACGCAGUUACGUGUGCGUGGCCAGUGUACGUGUAUGCACGUGCGCGAAGCUCUUGCAUUAUGUGUCAGUGACUCUCGAAUGCUCGUGGUAGAGAAGUGAGGUAGUUUCAUCGCUGUCACGAGCAUCCACUACCUGCCCUAGGAGUCUUACUAUACUAUACGAUGCCUAUAUCGUCUCUCGUCUAUUUAUACGACGACCAUACACGACUCGUACUUGCCUCUCCUCCCUCGCCUUUGCUCGGUCACGAUCCUCUCUCUUUCUCUUAACCCUCCUCCCACCCCUCUCUCCCUCGACACUCCUCUGUCUUUCUUGUCUUCUUUCUCCGUAGUUUCCUCGUCUUUUUGUAUGUAUCUUCUUCUUCUUCUUUUCUCUCUCUCUCUCUCUCUCGGUUACAUUAACUCUGCUAUUCCCCCCACCAGUAUUCCCCUCUCUCGUAUCGGCUCCCUUUCUCCCGCCACUCUCCUCGCGUCUUUCUCUUCUUCUGUCUCUUCCCUCGCCUCGUGACGACAUCCGCGGAACGAGCAAGCGACUCGACUUCGGCUCGACUCGACUCGAGGCGACUCGAGCCGAGAGACCCCGCAGCGCGGCUCAGUCCGCUCAUACACCCUCGUAUCCCCACGUACUUACGUACACGCGGAAUGUGCUGGCCAGGAAUUCUCUCUCUCACAAUGGAUUUAUCGUGUUAGUGAGUAACAGCGACGUGCGCGCGAUAGUGUGCUCCGUGAGUUAGAGACGACCAGAAGACGCUGACCAGAACGACCGACGACGACGACGACGACGACGACAAGCGACGAUCGGGGAGGACGACCAACAGAAAAAACGUGCGCGUCCGGCUUAACUCACGAGUCAAGAUGGAGCUAGUAGACGCGAAAUCCAGACGAUAGUGCUCGCACGUAAUACCGCGCGUUGUGAUUGAUUAUGCUGCGGCGAGACUACCUGAAUGGAAAGUAACUCAAUCGGUGACUUUGGAUAAUAAUUAAGCAACCAUGGUACUGUGCGCGCGAAAUAGCCGUAAAUGUGACCAGCGGCCAAGGAUUAUCAAUUACCUGUAAUCCUUAAUGGUGCCAAGCCCUAGACAUUGACUAGAGGUACAGGGCAAUUAAGAAAGAAGAGAAAAGUGUCCGUCUAAGAGGUGAAUUUUCGGAGGAGGAUGCUCGGCAGUUGGGGCUGGGAAGAAGAAUUGGAGUUGGGAGAGGGAACAGCAACCCCGUCGCAAGAUAGACAAAGACGUGAGAGCCCAGACUCGACGCAUCCUGUCCCCGACAGUCGGGUGCUGAGGUAUGCACCCAGCCGGUGUCACCACCCUCCCAGCUUCAACUCGCCACAUUUCAGCACACAGCCUCCUCUCGACUGUACAGACUAGCAGCGUGAGGUGGCCAAAAUGCUGACUGCUCAUUCUGAGAUGCACGAAAAACGGGAGCCCCUUGGAGGUGGACAAUAUGGAGCAGGCGGGGGUGGUGGCGGCAGUUCGAUUGAAGAAAAAUCUAUUCUGGAACAACCACCCCCGCCGCCGGCGCCUCCCCAGCGGGAUCCAUCCGAUCCAACGAUCAGCGCUAAGAAACUUCCAAAGAAACGAAAGUUCGAUCCGUCGGAGCUCGAGGAGAUGGACAAAAUCAGCAAUGUAACAAGCAAUAUAAACAAUAUGGUGAACAUACGGGCGCCGAAUAUGCCACUCGGUCAAUCAGGUUUAGUCCAGCAGUCAACCUUAGCAACUCGGCAAUCACCACAACAGCAAGAAUCCGAUUGUUAUCAAAUAUCUUCAGGACAUUCGGUGGUUGUUCUACCACCCCAAAGUACAGCAGUGGAUUAUUCUCUUCGAGAAGAACCUUUACGUUCACGUCCUCGGCCUGCUACUGUUGCUAUUGAUCUCAGUGAGUGGCGCGACCACAGAGUGUUAGCUUUAAGGGAUUCAUAUUAUUAUCCGGGUGUUAUUCGUAACGUUGUUCAAGGAGAGAUUUACAUAGAAUUCGACGGUGAAAGAAAACUAGUGCGUUACACUGACGUUUUGGGUACGGGGAGGUACGACGUUAUAGGGGAUGCAAGCCCGUCCGUGGGCCAAGUGACUUUAGAUGCAAAAGUUUGUAUCAGAUGUCCAACGUCGAACAAUCACAUCGACGCGGCUAAAGUGUUUGUAAAAGGGACGGUGUGCAAGAUUUUAACGAAGCCUAAGCGUUUUGUUGUUAAAAUACCAAGGGAAGAUGAUCAGAGUGACAGUUAUGUUGUGAAACGCGCGGAUCUACGAUUAGUGCAACCUCCCUGGUGGGACGAGCUAGAGGAGGGAUUGGAAGACUGUGAUUCUUCAAGGGUUGAAGGAAUUGACAACGUUGUUUCAGUUCCAGAACAUGGCUAUCGAAAUUCUUCGGAAGCUCCAACAGCAGUGCCAAUUUUGCAACUCCAUCACACUUCUCACCAUACAUCUCAUAUAUCAACUCAUAGUGACACAAGUGGUUAUUACAGAACGACUGGUACUAGUCCUCUCAUGACUUUAGGCACUUCUGCACAUUCUGCCAGCAUAGCAUUAAGUAAUGGAAAUCGACCGUACGAUGAUUUAGAAAGCGAAGAUGACUUAGAUAGGGAAGACAUUACAUUCCCUUCGGAUGCAGAUGCAAAAUUGUCAGGGAGCAGUAAAAGGAGCAGUAUGCAAAGUCGAGGAAGUACCAGUAGUCUAGUUGAACAACGCAGUAUAACUCCUCGCUCUCAAGCAGCCACGCCCAGAUCUCAGGCGGCAACGCCACAUAGAUAUAAAAAAGGUGAUGUAGUGGCUACACCAAGUGGAGUUAGAAAAAAGUUCAAUGGUAAACAGUGGCGUCGACUCUGUAGCAAAGAGGGAUGUUCCAAAGAAAGCCAACGAAGGGGAUAUUGUUCUCGUCAUCUUAGUUUGAAAGGAUCUGGUCUUAGGGGUCCAACAAAUACGUUUCCUGGUGGUAGGAUGGACGGGGAAGAAACAUCGAGAGACUCCGACACUUCUCCAAAUUAUGGAGAUAGAAGAAUUGCUGGUCGAUUUGAUCAAGAUGAAACUGAAGCUGCUAAUAUGCUCGUGUCCUUAGGAAGUUCUAGAUCCGCAACGCCAGCUUUUUCAUCGCCAACAGGACAAUCUUCGAUAUCCCCAUGCAUCAAUCAGUCUCCAGUACCGCCACUGGGUCUUAAUCAAAACAAUGUCUUUAUGCCUAUUUCAAGUCCUGCUCAUCACGCACCUCCAUUGAUUUCGCCUGGCGCGAAAUGGAAGCAUUCACCUACUCAAUCCACGUUUCUUACUCAGUAUCAACAACAAGUGAUAAAACCUGAACCUAAUCGAGUGGUUAGGUCAAAUCGACCAGCUCCAACGGCCCCUGUCCCUGCUAGUAUAGGAACAAGUGUGAUACGAAUCUCUCCCGUAAGCCGUGGAAUGCCUGGACCCAAUUUAACUUUGUCAUGGUCGGAGCAAAGCCCACCGCCGCGACACCCCUCGGUUGUGACGACUAUGGCUCAACAACAACAACAAGGCAUAAUUCUUCAACAUGCACUGACGACAAACAAUAGUUUUCCCAAUCACUCGGAAAUUUCGGAGCAAAAUUCGCAAAUAUUGAAACAGUCUCACUCGCCUCACAUCCCACUGUCUGCGCCGACACCACAAAACUUAACUCUUUUGCAUAAACCGCUGGAACAACCGGUUGAUUAUGCACCGCAACCACAAAACCAGCCAAUUUACGUGAUGCAACACCAGCACGAAAAAAAGUAUCUUGUGAUAAAAAAUAGUAUGGACGUAGCUACAACAGGCCACAUAACUAAUCAGGAUGAUAAAUAUAGAUCAGGAUUAAUUAAUCACUUGGGUCAACUUCCACCGUCGUUACAUCAAGCGCAAUGUCAACCUCCACAGUCACCUGCUGUUUCAUCCGUCCAUAUUGAUAAAUUGUCGGUACUGCAGCAAGCAAGUAAAGUAGCCACGCAUGUGUCCACACAUAUGGAUAUGCAAAGAAGUCAACCACCGCCUACUAGCGUUGUAAUGACAACUACCACAGAAGCUUCGAAUCCACCUACUCCAACAAGCGUCUUCCAGCACGUAAUCGUUCAACCUGGACAUUUGGUACAGAUCCCAAAAACUCAACCAACCAGGGAAGAAAAUUCAAAAAACAAUGGUGUUCUGUAUGGCAGCCACGAUGUUCCUCCUGUAUACCAGCCCCAUCCCCCAUCAUUACUGAACAAUGCAGUGCGCAACUGGAAAAAAGCUUUUUCCUGGCAGACGACAGUAUUGGAACAAACAGAAGUCAGUCCUCCACCAUCUGCAUUAAGUCCACCUUUGAGCGCACCUCCAAUUCCAAUAAGUAUGAGCACACCUGGUGAAGAUGGACCUGGUCCGGGUCCAGAUCCUAUUACCCCCGCCGAGGAAGAAGAUGACGAUGUCUUUGAAGCAGAACCAACAACACCUGCAGAAGUUGAGGCUAAUGCCAAUAAGAGACGCAGUCAGUCCCUUAGUGCGUUGCAUUCCAAAGAGCCUCAAAGUCCACUAAAAAAUAAAGAUAGAAUACGCCGACCGAUGAAUGCAUUUAUGAUUUUCUCAAAACGGCAUCGCGCAGUGGUACAUCAGAGACAUCCGAAUCAGGAUAAUCGCACCGUAUCCAAGAUAUUGGGAGAGUGGUGGUAUGCUUUAGGUCCAGAAGAAAAGCAAAAAUAUCAUGAUCUUGCGUCAGAGGUGAAAGAAGCGCAUUUUAAAGCACAUCCGGAUUGGAAAUGGUGUAGCAAAGAUAGACGGAAAUCUUCGACAACAAGUUUCAAAGGUAGCGAAUCUCGAGGGAAAUUGAACAGUACUGGAGAAGAAACGGAUAUGGGACCACCAACAGACGACGUACCAUUAACGCCAAGAGCUACAGAUGAAAUCACUGUUCCCGUUACGACAGUAUAUAAUGAAGUUCCCACCGUUGAGAUUAUUAAUCAGUCACACACACAUCGGAUAAUGGAAAUUGCUGUCCCAGUCGAAGAUCCAGAACCUGAUCUAAAGCAGGAGGAAGACGGUAAUGCAUCAGACGAAGAUCAAAUGGUAAUCUGUGAAGAUCCACAGCCUGAAAUAGAUUUGAAGUGCAAAGAUAAAUUAACAGAUAGCGAUAAUGAUGUACAAGACGAGGAUGGCGAAAAAAAGUACGCGCAACCACGGUUUUCGCCUGUAAGUGGCCAAAAGAGGGAAAUAACCGUAAAACAAGAAGUCACCUGCAGGCCUAAACCUAUAAAAGCACGAAUACCUUCAACAGGUAUAGAAACUACGACAAAAUAUCAUCACACUCCUAUGGACAAGGGAGGAGCUGUCUCAGUUUUGUCGAGCACGUACCCUUACCACAGUCCUGUCAAUCCGACUGGAGUGUCAGGUUUUCAACCCACUGGUGGAGCAUUCAUAACCAUGCCGAUAUCUCCAAAAGUUAUUAAACCGGAACCAGUGAAAACCGAACAACAAUACAGCACACAAUACAGCAUGAGCAAUUUAGUAGCAAGCAUUCAUGAAAAUGGAAGAAACAUGCCUAAAUUUACAGCUGCUCCGGUAUUACAUUCUUGUGGAUCAAAAUCCAUGAUGGCUCUGUUUAAACAACAGCAGCCGUUGCAGUCCUUAGGCACUAUUCUUCGCCCCCUUACUUCAGCUGUCCCUUAUCAACCAUCGUUCACUCUAACAUUGCUCGAUAACGAUUUGGUGGCUGUUUCCAAACCGCAGCAGGGAUCGCAGUACCUUGGUCCAACACCCCCGCAUCCCCGGAUGUACUGUGGCUUUCACAUCCCAAUUUCUGAUGCUGGCAACCGCAACAUACCUGCACAAGGUUUAGUUUCUGGUAAUAAGUUGGAAACCCAAAGUGUUAUUGUGAGUAAACCUUACUCGGUUUCGACAACUUCUACAACGUCGACUUACCGGGGAAUUGGUCACCCCAUAGCACGUCUUGCAGAACCCGAGAAAAAUGAGAAUCAAGUAGGAAACAAUCACGCUCAGUUUUAUGUAACUAAUAUUAAAUGUGAGCAAGAUAGAAAAGAUACAAUGAGCAUUCUCCUGCCUGUUACGAAUGAUAAACAUAAGCAGCCUUCUACUCCGCAUACUCCUCAUACGCCACUCAAUAAUCACGGCAGCACUGACGUCUCAACAAAUAAAUCGUAUUCCAUGGAUGAAGCCCAAAAUAAUGAUAUAGGUCCAACUAAAGGUCCUUUCAUGUUAGCCCCAACUCCGGCACAACUUGGUCGAGCACCAUUACAAAGGAGACAAUCAAUGGCAAUGCCUCCCACAUCGAAUGCAGGAGACCAUGGGCCUUUGACGUCUCAGCAUUGUGACAAUCGUACUCAAACGAAUACAUCACAAGCCACAGAACAGAUGCAGCAACAACAAAAUUUCUCAGAAUCUCAUGCUUCGCCGUCACCGUCUACAAAGAAAGGAUCCUUCUUUAAGAAAAACGUUGAAGAUGGAAUGGACAGAGUUCUCGAGCAAGUCAAUUUUCAAGAAAAAUUCUCGUCCUUACCGGAAUUCAAACCAGAGGAUAUACAAAGUCCAAGUGCAAUCAGUAUCAAUACCGCAGGUUCAUCUGGUCACGGUUCAGUAGUGACGUCAGGCUUACAUUCGUCAAAUUUACAAUCGUCGAUGCAAAUGCAAAAUUACCGAAAGAAGUCUGUGCAAGGACCUCAUAGGCCUACAAUGAAUGAGGACGAUAUUGAGUCAGAUGUGUCAGUGUCCGCUACUCCAAAAUCAACUUCCAGUGUCAAGUUGACGGGUAAUACAUUCUUUGGUCCAGAUUUUAACGCUGAUAUGUAUAGGGCUAACAGCGAUCUAGUAGGAGACGUCGACGCUAAUUCUCCUCGAACACCAAAGACACCUGGAGGAGGUGCUGUAAACUCGGUCGGAAUUGGUAGAAGUGAAAAUGAACGCGGCCAUAGGAAAGUGUUAGAACAACGUCGACUUCUUGUGAUGCAAUUAUUUCAAGAAAAUGGUUACUUUCCUUCGACGCAAGCAACCACAGCUUUUCAAGCUAAACAUUCGGAUAUAUUUCCUAAUAAGACAAGUUUGCAAUUGAAAAUCAGAGAGGUUAGGCAAAAAUUGAAAGCUAAUUCAACGCCAAUGAGUGCUAACAGUCUGGUUAGUCCAUUACCUGUUUCCGAACCUUCACCUAACGUGACUGGACCAUUGACUGCUCCACCUACAUCGAUGGGAGCUCCACAUUCACUGCCUGUAAGCAGUAGUGGUAGCUAGCAUCCACGUGCCAACUGUGAUACUAUGCAUCCCCUUACUCCACAGCACGAGUACAUCAUUAUCCAUUGAAAAGGAAAGUUUUUAUUGAAAAAAUUGUUGAUGUACAAGUUUUUGCGAGUUGUAAAGUGCUGCAAGGCUUUAGUGCAAUUCGAACUUUGAUGUAAUCUGUUGCAGGUUACUUAAACAGGCAUAUCAAGGUGAGUUGAUGUACACAUAUCAGUAAAUUUUUCAUAUUGUAUAUAAAACUGAAGAGGAAUCGAACGUUUUUCGACAUUGCUAAUGUUGACUUAAUGUCGCGUGUUCGGAUAUCUGUGUUCCAUUGGAUAAUGAUAUGUAAAAUUGUGAAAUGUUCGCGUAGUAAAGAAUUUACUGUAUUUUAGCAAUGAUAACGCUCAUUAGGCAGUUAGAAGCUCAACUAACAAGCUUAAUCAUAUUAUAUUGUUUGAUAACAAAAUGAAAAACAAAUAAUAUAAUCACAUAGCAACGGUUUCGAGAUAUGUAAUUCGAAAAAGGAAGAGCUUUCUAUCAGAAGGAAAGACAAUACUAUUCUGCAUUCUAAAUCCAAAGAUGAUUUAUGAACGGGUAAAGUGUAAAGAAGUAUGGAAAUUAUUUUACUACAGUAUGGAAUCACAAUUCAUACUUACUUGUACAAUUGCAAAUGCAUGACCGAUAUUUGUACAUCGAAACACCUUGGCAGGAUUAUGAAAGGCCUAAGCCAUUGUUAAACAUUGUUAAAAAUGUUAUGAGAUCCAGGUAGAAAGAAAGAGAGUAUGCAUGAUAUAGGAUAAUGAAGUUGCGCGCAUGUGUAGGAUGUGUCUGGGUAUGUUUGAAAGAAAGAGGAAGAGAAAAUCGUAAUUAGAGAGUAUUAGAAUUAAUGAAGCAUUAUAAAAUGAAAUCAGAGUUUAUAUACUUUAGUUAUACUUUAUAUAUGAUAUAGAUGAAAAAGAAAAACUAUAGAAUGAAAACUGCGAUAAAUAUUGCACAAAAUUUAUGUAAUGCAGUAACAGAUAUGUUUAUUUUACUUGUAUAUACUAUGGCAUGACUUGGAAUGGGAGAUAUCUGGAGAGUUUAAAGUAUCUAUGAUGCUAUGUCUGAAAAUUUUAAGACGGAAGCAUUCUUUGGUGAUUCAUAGAUUAUAACAGUGGAGAUAAAAAUCGUGCCAUUGUGCGGCGACAAACAAGGGAAUGCAUGCGUAAUAAGUCCCUCGAAUAGUAAAGAAUUAAUUGUUAGACACCACUUGAUAUAGAUAAUAUCUAAUAUGUUUCCAAUAUUCUCGAAAGUACUUAUCUACUGUUUUUAGAACUCUGCUGAAAUUCAACGCGUUCGUGUGCAUUUUAUAAAUAUUUUAAAAUUGGUCGACUUGUUCUUUUUAUUAUUUUUUUUUUUCUUGACCAAUUUAGUUGUAAGCGGUUUUAUAUAGGCCGUAUCUUUUUUUUUUUAUUAAUUUUUUUUGGCCCCUGACAAAUUUAUUUGUUUUUAUCUUUAGCCCCGUUGUCGAAUGCGUAUAAUUAAACAUAGGUGAAAUAUAUUUGCAAAUUUAAUGUUAAUACACCGAACAUCGAGAUAGGAAAUUAAUGUCGAGAAGAGUUCUCUAGAGAACUUCAAAUUUAUUGAAUAGGUUGUUGGGAUUUGAAUUUUGUUACUACGCUUUUUAAUGGAACUCGUUGUUCAUCAUGCAAAUUAUAUAUUGUAUUCCAUUUAUUUUAACGCAUUUUAUCGAUAAAAUUAUUAUUUUUAUGUUACAGAUAAUUUCAGAUCAUGUUUGGUAAUGCGUUGAAUUUUAGUAGAGAUUGUUGAAUUUGGCUGUAAAAUAGAUUAUGUAAUUAGUGAUAUGUUUAUGAAAAGCGCACCUUGAAAGGUUUAAAGUCUCGCGCCACGGCACGCAUAUUGUAGUUAGGAUAGGAACAAUGUCUAUUCUACAUAUUUUGUAAAUAGAAAAAAAAUACAAUACACUAACUGAGUAUAUAUUAUCAAAUUUAGGGUACACCCGAAGUGGUAGAAUAUAGCAUUGUAAUUUGUAGAAUAAUAAUUAUAUUGAAAGCGCAGGCAGGAUUAGGAUAAAACAAUUACAAAUUGUGGGCCUUCGUAUGUCGUGGACUCUUGCACACGGGACGGUCCCCCCACCCUCCUCCAAAGUUAACCCUUUCCUAAAGUGUUAGGAUAUUAUUAUUUGUAUAUAAUAUAAUUAUAUUAACCUCUUACCAUUUCUCGAUUUAUUAUUUUUUAUGGAGCGUUAAACGCACCGGUGGCAAGCAAUAACUUAAGAGAAGAGACACUUGAAAUCUGCACUGAUCACUUCUGUGAAAAAAAAUACGAGAAGAGAGGGAUUAUUUUCCUCUAAACGGUCUUUUUCUAAAACUGUAUUUAUUAUGUAAAAAUAUAAUUUAAUGUUCAUAUUCAGACGCUCA